AUGAUAUUUUUAGUUUGGGUAAUAAGUGGAUUAAUUUCGGUUCCUCCUCUGUUCGGUUGGAACGAUUGGCCCGACAUGUUUACCGAAGACACUCCAUGCCAAUUGACAGCAGAAAGAGGUUACGUCAUAUAUUCAGCUAGCGGUUCCUUCUUCAUACCCCUCAUAAUCAUGACUUGCGUUUAUUUUAAGAUAUUCCAAGCUGCUAGACGAAGAUUAAGAGUCAAAAUUCGAAAUGCGGGGGAAAUCACUAAAGGCGAUAAAUCGAAAGAGAAAGUUGUUGAAACUCUCUCCGUUAUGGUUCAAAAGGAACUAGAAAAUUCAGCCACUUCGAUUUAUCCCGGUUCGAUAUCAAUUCAAGACGAAAUAUCUGAUGUUCCACAGGACAAAGAAACGGCCUUUUCUGUAAACGGUAAUACUAAAGGAAAUUCUGUACAGUCUGCUCCAUCGAGUGUCAAAAAAUAUAUGGAAGAAAAGCAAAGAAUAUCUCUCGCUAAAGAAAGGAGAGCCGCUCAAGUUUUAGGAAUCGUUAUGGGUGUCUUUGUCUUAUGUUGGCUUCCAUUUUUCCUAAUGUAUGUUAUUUUACCAUUUUGUAACAAUUGUUUCAUUUCAGAUCGAGUUGUAAAUUUUAUCACGUGGUUAGGUUAUAUUAACUCUGCCCUAAACCCGGUCAUAUACACUGUUUUCAAUUUGGAUUUCCGUAGAGCUUUUGUCAGAAUUCUUUGUAGAAAUGUCAAAUAAAUAAUAUAACUUAAAAUUCGAUAUGUUUAUAUCAGGUAAUGAUGUUUUGAAAAUGAAAUAUCUAAACUAAAAUCAGGUUGAAAGAAUUAAA